AUGGCUACGCCAGCAUUUGGGGCCCCAGCCUCGACGGUCGCGGAGCCCAACAAUGCCGCCCUCUACGAUGCUCGAAGACGGCAGCAAGUCACAGGCUCCCAGAUCCUCGACAACAUUGUCUCCUUCUCAAAUUUCGAUCGUGAUGAGGUCGACAGACUACGAAAACGAUUCAUGAAGCUAGACAAGGACAAUAGCGGUACUAUUGAACGCGAAGAGUUCCUCUCGUUACCUCAAGUUUCUUCCAACCCCUUAGCGACGAGAAUGAUUGCGAUCUUCGACGAAGAUGGCGGGGGCGACGUUGACUUCCAGGAAUUCGUGCUAGGCCUUUCUGCCUUCUCAUCCAAGGGCAAUAAAGAAGAAAAACUGAAAUUCGCAUUCAAGGUCUACGACAUCGAUCGGGACGGGUACAUUUCCAACGGAGAGUUGUUCAUUGUGCUCAAGAUGAUGGUUGGCUCGAAUCUGAAGGACCAACAACUCCAGCAGAUUGUGGACAAGACAAUCAUGGAGGCCGAUAAGGACGGUGACGGAAGGAUUAGCUUUGAUGAAUUCACGCAAAUGGUCGAGAGUACAGAUGUGAGCAUGAGUAUGACGCUUGAUCAAUUCUGA